GGAUGCUCCGUACAUCUCCGAGCAAACAUGGAGGAGAAGCUGAUUGUUGCUGUGACGGACUUCCCCGAACUUUACAAUACCGCUGCGAAAGAAUAUAGAGAUAUUCACAAAAAGGCCGCGGCAUGGGAACUUGUUGGUGCCAGAAUUAACACAUCAGGUGAAAAGGCCAAAAAGCGGUGGAAAAAUCUAAGAGACACAUACAUGCGAGUCUGCAAAUCUCUGAAAGAAAGAAAGAGUGGUUCAGCUGCUGGCGGGCAGAAGACUUGGAAGUACUAUCAGAUCAUGUCCUUCCUGGAGCCACACCUCAAAGAGCGAGUCACAAGUGGAAACCUAACAGCAGAUGACCUCCAGCAAGAAGAGGAGAUCAUAUCGACUCUGGAACCAGCACUAGAGGAGGAAGAUAGCUCCAGUGUUUUUUCACACAACCCUGAUAUGGUCAGUGACACCAGUAGUCCAUUCUCACUUGACCAGUCAUUCCAGCAGCCAUCUUCAAUUCAACAAACACACCAGUCAGCUCAUGGAAAACGAAAGCGGCCUGCUGACAGCUUUGAAGCAACCAUCCUCAACAGGUUGGACAACAUUCAAGCCCAGCUGAAGCAGGGUGAUGAGGAUGAACUGUACCUUCAGAGCCUUUUGCCAACAUUCAGGCGUCUGACAGGAGCUAGAAAAUCUAUGGCCAAGGUGGAGAUCAUGAAAGUGCUCCACAAAAUUGAAUUUGGAGAGGAGUGACAUUUCUACAAGUUUAUUUUUUUUGUAGUUCACCUGUUCUACACACAGCAUAGUCUGUGUAUGUUUGUUCUUUAAUACAGACCCAGAGGGCAGUUAUUUGUUAUUUAAUUUUAAUUUAAUAUAUUGCAGCAAAGCACAUUUUAGGCACUGCAGAUUAUAUACUAUAAUUUUCUUUGUUGUUGCCUACCUCGUUUCGUUCAAGUCGAGCGCUGUGAGUUUUAAUAAAAACUUUUCUACUUUC